AUGCUCUGCCUAGACGUUGGCAGUGGAACGAGUGUGGAAGGACAUGAAUGCUGGGGAAAAGUCUCGAGUUUCCCAACUCAAACAGGUAGCAUCGGGAGCCGCAGCCCCCAAGAGAUAUUCCCUGCUUCGCGCGUGGCGCUUCUGGGCCUGCAGAUUAAGCGCUCCACCGUACCGACUAUCAAUUGGCUCUCAGCGUGUUGA